AUGACCUCAAAUACCGGGGAAGGGAGCCUUCUCAGGGCAGGAGAUAACUCAACCCUACGAGAGUUGUUUGGAAGGUCAAUACGCUCCGAUGGUUCAGAUGGCAGUUUAUAUGGAGACAAUGUAAUGAGGUUUAGGGAACAGUAUGUUCGUGUUACAGAAAAAAAAAAGGGGAACAGAAAAAUUUCAGGCGCAUUGGCUGGAGUGGAGGGGCUAGACGGGAUACCAGGGGUUGUUAUCGGCGAUGAGAUCUCCGGAGCAUCGGCUGAGGUUGGAGCAGAGGCAGAGGGACUCGUCAUCGGAGCAGAGAUCGGAGACUUCGCUGGGAUCGUAGUUGGAGAGGAAGCAGGGUUAUUCGCCGGAGUAGAGACUGGAGUCGUGGCGGUAGAGGGAGAAGAAACAGGGGAACUCGCCGGAGCAAAGACAGGUGGUAUCAAAGGAGACGGAAAGGAACGAGACAAAACAGGAGGAGUUGCUGGAGGAUAAACAGGAGAGUUUGAAGGAGACUCAUCAAUGGUCGGCGAGGAAACAGGGGAAGUUGCGGGAGCAAAAACAGGGGAUAACAGAGGAGACGCAAUGGCCCGAGAGGGUUCAGGGGACCUCGCCGGAGAUUUGGCAGUGGAUCUCGGUGGAGACGAAACAGGGGAUUUCAAAGGCGUCGCGAUGGUCGGAGAGGAUCCAGGGGAAGUCGCCGGAGAUAAAACAGGAGACUUUCCCGGAGCAGAGCGAGGGGAUUUGACAGGAGUCGCGGUGGUCGGAGAGGAAACAGGGGAACUCGUCGGCGUAAAAACAAUAGUUUUCGCAGGAGUCGUCGCCGGUGUCACCGGAAACUGUGGCGCGGGUGUGUCAUGGAUCGCCGGAGGGAGUAGAGUAGGCGUUUGA